AUGGUGGCAGCUGCGGCUGCACCGCGCUGCCGCCGCAGCCUCAUCGUGGCCCGAGCUUCUCCGGCCAAACAUGACGAGCGCCAAGAUCCGGCAGUCAAGGUUGACGCCGCCGGCGGCCGGCGCCGAGCCAUGGUGCUGUUCUCCGCCGCCGCGAUCACUGCCUCGACAGCAGCCGCCGUCCGAUCCGCGAGAGCCGGUGUGUCCACGAAGACCGUACCCGGACAGUGGGUGGAUAUAGAGAAUCUGGCGGACCCAUACGUGCAGGAUCUCGGCAAAUGGGCUGUGAUGGAGCACAACUCACAGACUGGGGAGGAUUUGCAGUUUGGUAAGGUCGUCGGAGGCAAGCAACAGGUUGUCGCGGGCAUGAACUACAAGCUCGAGAUCGAAACAAAGCGCGGACCCUCCCGUUUUUACGAAGCGGGUCUGUUUGUUUCACUGCCCCCUGAGAAGCGUACGCUUAACUCCUUCGAGCCCUUGGCUGGGUGA